UACAUACUGCGCUCGCCAGGUGAACGCUUGGCCAACAUGGCGGCGCCCAGGUACCAUGUGUUUGUUGGAGCUGAAACUGGACUUUUAAAAGGUGUCAACACCGAGAAACGCACCUUCGCGAACCUGAACAGCCUGCAAGAGGUCAGCAAAAGCAACGAAAUCAGUUGUCUUCGCUGGAAAGACGACUCCGAAUCCUGAGGCAAUUCGUUGUUUCAGAUUUACGCCGGCAUAAGAUCUCAAACUGUGAAAACGUUUUGCCCGAACAGCGGCAUUUGCAAGGACGUAUUCGAAGUCAAAGGGGGCGAAGGCCCCAUCAAGGGACUCGGGGUGGUCAACUCACACCUUGUCACCUGCGUGAGUUCGGGACUUCUGAGGGUGUGGGCGAAGGAUGGAAGUACUGAGGAGACGGAAGUUGGUGCCGACGUAUUUCGCAUGCGUCAGCACCCACGGAAAGAGGGAAUUGUUGCCACUGGAGGCAAGGAAAACGAGCUCAAGUUGUGGGACCUGGAAAACUUGCAGAAGCCCGUCUUCAUGGCGAAAAAAUGUGAGAAUGAUUUCCUUGAUCUUAGAGUGCCAGUCUGGGUUACAGACAUGGACUUUUUGAAGGAUUCCGAGAAGAUUAUUGCCAUUACGGGGCACCAUCAGGUUCGUGUUUAUGAUCCAAACUGUCGGCAGCGACGGCCUGUCGUUGACUUUGAGUUUGACGAGUAUCCCCUGACGUGCUUGUCACUGACGCCACGGCCAGAGCAAGUGGUGGUCGGAAACAGUCACGGCCGCGUCGGUCUGCUGGACAUCCGCCGCAAGGGCAUGGUGCACGUGUACAAGGGUGUGGCGGGCAGCAUCCGCGCCGUCUGCUGCCACCCGACUCUGCCCAUCGUGGCGAGCUGCGGUCUCGACCGUUUCGUCCGAGUUCACGACCUUCACUCCCGCCUGCUCAUCACCAAGCUCUACCUCAAGUCGAGGCUCAACUGUCUGCUGAUGCGAACAGACUUCACCAUCGAAGACGAGGAAGAGAACAAAGACAGAGAAGAGGCCACAAUCGAUGACGAACUCUGGGAAGAGAUGGAGGAAGUUGACGAAGCAACCGACGUUUCGGCGAAAAAGGCCUCCACAAAAAGAAGCUGCAGAGCCACUAUGACAAAAAGCAAAAAGAGGAGAAAAUCCAUUAAACAGGAUGGCUAGUAUGUAAGACAAACA